ACUGUCUCACCCACAAACAAUUGUCACUCACAAGUCACAAUGGAAGCUCUGGGACUUCCUUCUCUUACCAUUUCAUGCUCGAAUUUUCAACUAAGAAAGGUCUCCAACAUAUCUAAAAGAGAGCUAUCUGCUCUGAAACUCAGUCCCUCUUGCACAACCCACCUUUUGCAUAGGAGUACUAUUCGAAUGCAAGCCGAUGGUGAAGAUUAUGAAUUGAAGCAAAUGAAGGAUAUGGCUGCUGCCAGGAAGAGAUGGGAAGCUCUGGUAUUUUGUACCCCAAAGUAACAGCAUUUUUAUGUUUCUUUUGGGCAUGGAGUAGAUGGGUCAGGGAAGAAAAAGUGAAAGUUCUUACACCGAGGGAAGCUGGAUAUGCAAUUCAGCUAACUAACAAAACCCUACUUGAUGUUCGUCCCUCUACUGAACACCAAAAGGCAUGGGUUAAAGGCUCAACCUGGAUUCCAAUCUUUGAUGUUGAUGACAAGUUUGACGCUGGAACUCUGUCCAGACAGAUCACAAGCUUUGUGAUGGGAGGUUGGUGGAGCGGUGUGCCUACAUUGUCUUACAAUAACCAGUUCUUGUCAAAGGUUGCGGAGAAGUAUCCAAAGGAUAUAGACCUUAUUGUUGCAUGCCAGAAGGGUUUGAGAUCUUUAGCUGCUUGCGAGCUACUAUAUAAUGCUGGCUACAAAAACCUUUUCUGGGUGCAAGGGGGCCUGGAGGCUGCUGAAGAGGAGGAUCUUAUCAGAGAAGGUCCUCUACCUUUUAAACUUGCUGGAAUUGGUGGGGUUUCAGAGUUUCUUGGUUUUACUGAUCAACAAAGAGAUGCAGCUGCAAAAGAAGGAUGGAGUUACCGACUAAUGUUUUCUGCCCGUCUGGUGGGGGUCUUUCUUGUUGCUGAUGCCUUGUUUAUUGGUGCUCAGCAAGUAGGUCAUUAUCUUCGGGAUAUAAGGUCUCCCUGAGGUUCAGCAGCUGGGUUAAAAUGUAUUCGAUAGAAAUAUUGAGAGAGCACCAUAUGAAGAUGAGUUGCCCAAUAUCACAAUUUUUCCCCCCCUGGAAAAACCGAAAAACUGCUUUACAAAGCUAGUUACACUUACAUGCAUGCUUUCCAAUAUUAAAUUUCGCCACUGUGCAUCUUUUUUAUGCUUUUUGGUUGUGUUGUGUUUGAGUGUAUUCUACCAUGUUCUGUUGCGGAAAUAAUCGAACAGCGGUUGUCUCCGUAAAUUUUGUUAAAAUCAUUCUGGCUUGUAAAAAGAAGUUCUAGCUAUACAGUCUAAAAUAUAACAUUUCUACUC